CAUUCAGUAUUCGCUAGACAUGGAGCUGAGCAUCUGUGCCACGAUCACGGAGACACUUUAUUUUUUUGGAUGCUAUAUAUAAAGAAAAUUGUGUUUGUGAAAAUUGGAUUGAGAAAAUUGGAAAUGAGACCAGUAAUACCCUGCCCAAUUUAUGGCUGAUUUUUUAAGUAUUUACGCCUAGAAGGUGCUGUAGAGCAACCGACAGCCAGUAGUGGCCAGCAGCUAACAGCAGCUACAGCGGUGGAUGUAGAACCAUCAGUCUGGGCGAAUCGGGGAUCCACCGUCAGAAGGGAAAGAGAGCAGAGGACUCUCCACGCUCAUUGAAUCAUGGCUACUGAAACGGUGUCCCCGGCAUGUACUGGAUCCAGUUUGCUGCAACCCAUUAGCGAAAUCAUCAAUCUGCCUCUCGACCAGGUGAACUUUGUGGUCUGUCAGCUGUUUGCCCUGCUGACGGCCUUCUGGUUCCGUCUGUACCUCCACCCCAGUAAGACCAGCCCCUUCAUUAGACAUGUCGUGGCCACUCUACUGGGAUUCUACUUCGCUCUCUUUUGUUUCGGCUGGUACGCCCUCCACUUCCUGGUUCAGAGUGGGCUGACCUACGGCAUCAUGAUCCUCACUGGGGUGGAGCACAUGCACAAAUACUGCCUGGUGGUCUCCCUGGGUUACCUUGGCUUCUGCCAGAUCACGCGCGUGUAUGUUUUUGACUACGGCAUGUACUCUGCUGACUUCACCGGUCCUAUGAUGGUCAUUACACAGAAGAUCACCAGCUUGGCGUUUGAAAUUCAUGACGGCAUGUGCAGGAAAGAGGAACAACUGACUCCAAAUCAGAGGAUCCUAGCUAUAAGGAGAAUGCCCAGUCUCCUGGAAUACUUCAGCUACAACUGUAACUUCAUGGGGAUUCUGGCCGGUCCCACCAGCUCUUACAACGAUUACAUUGCCUUCAUUGAGGGCACGCCCUGCCGUCGCCAUGCUGACCACCAGAUCAACACAAAGGCCGUUGGCAGGCACAAGCAUACUGACCCCUCCCCAAACAUCGAAGUCGUCCGUAAGCUGGCCACCUGCUUCCUGUCCCUCAUGGUCUUCCUCUCCGUCUGUAAAGUGUUCCCUGUGGAACGCAACAUCAGCGAUGACUUCAUUGCCACCACGCCCUUCUACGCCCAGGUGGUGUACCUGUACCUGUCCAUGCUGACCACCCGGCCCAAGUACUAUUUCGUCUGGACGCUGGCUGACGCCAUCAACAACGCAGCAGGCUUCGGUUUCAAUGGAUACAACAGUGAUGGUUCGCCGCGCUGGGACCUCAUCUCCAAUCUGAGGAUAAUGGACAUCGAGUUUGCCACCAGCUUCAAGAUGUUCCUUGACAACUGGAAUAUUCAGACAGCACAUUGGCUCAAAAGAGUGUGUUACGAGCGCUGUCCCUACCACCCUACGGCAGCUACAUUCAUCCUGUCCGCCAUGUGGCAUGGAGCUUACCCAGGAUACUACCUGACCUUCCUCACCGGCAUUGUGGUCACCUUGGCAGCACGCGCCAUGAGACACAACGUGAGGCCCUAUUUCCUGGGCUCGCCUUCACACAAGCUGGUGUAUGACAUCAUCACGUGGGCUGGAACCCAGAUCGCCAUCUGUUACACGGUGGUUCCCUUCGUGCUUCUGUCCGUCGGGCCCUCAAUGAAGUUCUACAGGUCCUGGUACUUCAGUGUCCACAUCGGCUGCGUCCUCCUGGCCGUAGCCCUGCCGGUCAAGCCCCGACACCUGCGCCUGAAGGAGCAGCAGAAAGACCUCCAUCAGAAGCCGGUCGCCUCCCCUUUGGAUUCCACCGCCUCCACAGACAGCAACUCCAACCAGAAGACCAAGGCCUCGUGAAGCAGACCCGCGGCUCAGCGGCGGUGCCCACACAGAGACUGGCACCGACGACUGCAGGGGACUGUUCAAUGUAAUACAUCCAGUUAAGACGAGAGAGAGAGAGAGAGAGAGAGAGAGAGAGAGAUCCGGAGAGGACUAACAAACUCUGACCAACCUGGCUGACCUGCCUCCUGUCUUGGUGUGUUCUGGAGGAGGACGAAGGCUGUCCUUCAGUCAGAUGGCUCCGAAGCUGGGCAGUACUCUGGAGUAUGGAAGGAUGGAUGGAUGAACUUUAAAGCUGUUGUGUCCCUUGUGGCACCCUGUUCCCUUCUAAGUGCCCUGGGCCCUGGUUGAAUGUAGUGCACUACAAAUGGAAUAGGGUGCCAUUUGGGACUCCUUUUCAGACCUCUAGUGUAUUGUCUUGGUGACCACGGCAAAGAUGGAUUGAUGAGUGGAUGGAUGGAUGGAUGGAGAGAUGGACAGAUGGAGGAAUUAAUCCCAGUAGUGAAUUGCCAGUAUUGUGCCGUGACUGCAUUUUGGGAGUAUGUAUGUAAACUUGCCUUAUGCGCUUUCUGUCUCUUUCUCCAAUUUGUUUUUCAGCUUUUGUGUAUCCUUCUCACAGUGUUUGGGCUAUCUGUACGGCCGGAGGCCAACAGUGUUUAGUAAUUUCAGAAGUGUUCCCUGAUAUAACCUGAUAUAAAGGUGACACGCUACCUGGAGUGUUUUAGUCCUGGUGAAAAGCCAAAUAUAACUUAUUCAACCACCUCAGAGGGUUGGCAGUUACCUAAACAGAUAUUUUUGACACAGUAUGAUUCAUUGUAUGAACAAGGAAAGCGUUCCAAACUUCACUAAUUUCUCUAAGUACACUUCUUUUGACCAGAGACCUAAUGGCCCAGGUCAAAAGAUCUGCAGUACAGAGGGAUUGUGAUGCCAUUUGGUACAUGCAGGCUAGGGGCGUAUGCUACAUUCUGUCUGCUUUUAACGGCUGAUAUUAUAUAGUCUCACUUCUGUUCUGUUGUUGUUAUAUAACGGUUUGACACAAUCACACUCUGUUGAAAAAAAAUGGGAUAGUGCAGACGAUUAUUUGAAUUGGGCGUUAUCUCUCAUUUUGCAGUUUAUUCCAGGCCGCGGGAUUAGCUGCUAACUCUGUAUUAAUAACUUGUGUGCAGGCAGUGUGUGUUUCAGUUCAAUUUAUUUGUCAUUUAUGUGAUUCCAGUGUGGUAUGUUUGACCAAUGUGAAAAAGGCUGUGGAAAGGUCAGGAAGACCUACCCAAGAUCCUGUUGAUCUUGAUUCCAAUGGACUUGUGGUUUGUUUGACAAAGACGAACAGGUGGCAGUUGGAAAAUGUACCUGAGGUCAUAAACAUGACAGUAUUUAUGAACCCUCUGCUUCAGACAGUUCUGAUUCUAUUUUCAUUAUGCAGGAGACAGUUUAAAGUAAGUAUAUUUCUCAAGAUUGUGAGUUAGGUAUCAAUGGAGAUAUUGUGAAAGAAAGCUUUGCUUGAGACCCUGGAGAAAAAGAGAAUGAAAUGUUUAUUAUUGGUCCUUAGCCAACACUGCUAAUUGUUGAUGUGGAUGAUUUGAAUGGUUUGUUUUUUGUAUUUUAUGUGAUUAAAAAUUGACAUUUUGGAACUUGA